UCUUGUACAGAAUGUGAAGCUGGACAGGCUUGUACUGAUCCUGCUCAGGCACCUAAACACUGUGUUAGUGGCACUUACAGUCAAAAGGGUGCAACAUCUUGCAAAGAUUGUCCUGCUGGUUACAGCUGCCCAUCUCCUAGCUCUGCAAUUGCACUUUGUGCUGCAGGAAGCUUUUCCGUGAGAGGACAAGCAAACUGCACAGACUGUCCAAUUGGAUACAUGUGUCCAUCACCAAAGCAAAGGCCUGUACGAUGUUCACUUGGAAGCACAACAUUUGGUGAAGGUGGGAAAGAGAAUUGCACAGCAUGCCCUGCAGGCUUCCAGUGUCCUAACCCAGAGUAA